GCUUCACAUCGUCUACUUAGAAUUUUGAUCAUCGGGAGUCACAGAAAUGCAGGACAACAGGUUUUUUAUCUUCGUGAUCCUUCUGGCAUUUUCUACGUCUCUUAAUCUUGCCAGAUGCUCGGUCGGCCAGCACUUCGAAUCCACCAGAGAGGGUCAAAAAUUGAAAAUCAACGAUAGACGUUCCGCUGGAUUGGUGGCGUAUCCAAGAAUCGGCCGAAAUUCGGAAAUAGCGAGUUUCCCUAGAAUGGAGCGUGCUUUUGGAAUAAUACAUAAGCCCCGAGUCGGACGAUCCGAUGAAUCGAGCAAUUUGAAUCGAUUUCAGGAUUUAUCAGCUGAAGCCGAUAUGGAGUUCUACAUUCCACGCGACGUGGAAUCUGAAGUUCUUUUAAAUCUUGAUUACGAAGAUUACGCAGAUAAACCGAUAGCAUUUAAACAUGCUGACAAAAUUCAGAAAGACGGUGCCUGGUUAAUGCCCGAUCAUGUACAUGGAUACAAGGAUCUUCGUUUCGCACAAAAAAUCGACGAUCCUCGAUCGUAUUACUCUAUUUUACGAGGUUCUCGAAAUAGUCAAGGUCAAGGAGGAUACACUCCGAGACUAGGUCGCGAGAAUGAACACGACGCAACGAGUUUCCUGUAACUUGCCAUCUUUGAUCACGAUUCGCGCCUCGCGGAUUUGACGGAUGUUGACUUGAGACAAAGAAGGAACUUACUGUCAAAAACGUCAGAAAUGUAACGUGCGGUGCUUUUGAUCGUUUUCCCUAUUUGCAUAGGCGAUCCAUCUUACCCUUGCACUUUGUACGCAAAUUAUGCAACAAUACAUAAUCUGUACUUAAAUACUGUACUUUAUAAUCUUACAUGCAAUCCUGUCGCCUAGUAUCGUCACGAAAUAGCAAUUCUCUGGUGAAGCAACCGAUCUUGAUGUAACUUGGCAUGCUAUUUUAAGCAGAUUUUUAUUCCGAAAUACUCGAUCCAAUUCAAUGUUUGUUUUUAUAUACAAAUAAUGGAGAAUAGAAAUAAAAGUUUGAUUUAC